GGCGCCCAGGAGGAGUGAUUGCUAGGCAAGGCGGGCAGGGCUUGUGGUUCGGGGCUUUUGCGGGGGCGAUUCCUCCGGGCAAGGGCCUGGAAGGUUUUCCCUGAGGGGAAGGACGCAGGCUUCGUGGUCUCUGCGAGAUUGUCCCACGGGUGAGGGCACCGAGACCUUGGAGUCAAUCUUGUAACACUGAAAGUGGCGCAGGCGGGGAAAACCGAGAGUGCUUCUUAUUGUCUCAUUUAUUAGCUUCAUUUGCCGUUUAUUUAAAAGACUGUCACUUUCUGCUCGCCUGGGUAAAAGCUGCUGAUGGUGCAGCCGGAAAAAAUGGCAGUCGCUAAUCAAGUGGAAGGGUGAUUCGGAAGGGUGGCGAGACCCCCAGUGCUUUUCCCUGCUCGUGUUCUCUCCCCCAUUGCCAGAAUGUGGCGCCCCCCUUUACGGCACCUGCUUUCUGGCCAUUCCCAUGUGACCCGGGGCCUCUGUCCAACCUUCCUGGCUUGUGGUCCAGGAUUUUUCCCAGUGGCUUUGAGGCAUCCAUAUUCGUUGCAAUCAGAAAGGAAGCGUUUUUACCAGAAUGUUAACAUCUCUCAAGGUGAAAAGGGCUUUGAGAUCAACUUGGACCAUCGCAAGCUGAAGACUCCCCAGGCCAAGCUCUUCACUGUGCCCAGCAAGACACUAGCUCUGGCAGUGGCAUGCGAAUGGGAGUCUCAGCAGGACACCAUCAAGUCCUAUGCCAUGCACCUGACUACCUUGUGCAACACGGCUUUAGACAACCCAUCCCAGCGAAGCAAAGAACAGCUAAUCAGGGCAGCUGUGAAGUUCCUGGAAACGGAUACCAUUUGCUACCGGGUGGAGGAGCCACCAGCCCUGGUGGAGCUGCAGAAGAACGAGUGGGAUCCUGUAAUUGAGUGGGCUGAGAAAAGGUAUGAUGUUGAGAUCGGCUCAUCCACAAGCAUCCUGGGCCCCAACAUCCCGCAAAGGACGAAGGACACCUUCAUUAGCCACCUGGCUUCGUAUAACAGCUGGGCCCUGCAAGGCAUUGAGUACAUGAUCACUCAGCUGAAGUCUCUGAUCCUCUCCAUGGCUCUGCUUGACAGGCACCUCACGGUUGAGCAAGCUGUCCUCCUGUCUCGCCUGGAGGAGGAAUACCAGAUCAGGAAGUGGGGGAACGUGGAGUGGGCCCAUGACUAUGACGUGUACGACCUGCGUGCCCGGACCGCCGCUGCCACCCUGUUCGCUCAUCUCUGCUCGGAGAGUUCUGCCGUCAAGCACAAGCUGCUGCAGGACUGAGGGCCUCGGGUGAAGGAGGCAGUGAUACGGCUGGCCGAGAAGAGCUGCGGCUGAUGCUCCACCCCCCUCCCGAGCCUGGCAUGAUGUCGAAGGGCUGAGCCUGCGUGCCUCAUGGGGACUGUGGGUGAUGCUGGGAGACAUGCGGGCUGCGGGUGCGGCGGGUCUGCCCAGUGGCCUCCGAGCGGGGAGAGGAUCUUCUGGACCGGUGUCCUUCUGCUCCACCGAAACCUUGGCUUGCUGCCUCGGACCGGGCUUCCCUGUGUCACUCGUUUUGCUUCUUCAGCACCUGGGUGCUCAGAGUUUGCACGAGUUCUUGGAAGUGACAGGCAACCACCCGCUAUGGGUGUUUGUGUAGCGGCAGCUUUCUGUAGCCCCCCGAUUCCUCUUUGAAUUCCUCACACCGACCGGCACCAGCACAGGCGAAGUUCUGCAGGGUUCCUGCUUGAAUGUGACUUCCUCGGGAAAUGCUCCCCCACUGGAAAUGGGAGAAGCUCCGUGGUGGGAGCUGUUCUCAGACAGUCUGGGCCUGCAGCGGCCUGUUAGGAAUCAAAGGGGUAACCCUGUGCAGACGUAACUGGCAUGAUCUGCAAACAGCCCUCCCCAGCCAGGCCCCCAUCCAGCUGUGCUGACUGCAUUUCCCAUCAUCCUUGCUAGUUGGGGAUUGAUGGAAGCCCCAUUCCAACACAUCUGAAAAGCACCAGUGCUCAUUUUUUAUGGGUUGGAGUGAAAGUGGAGUUCACUUGGGCAUCUCUGUGGCGUAGCACCCGGGGCUCCGAACCUGGCACGGGGGGCGAUCCGUUCUUUGGUCCUGCUGCGACGGAGGCAUUUAUACAACGCUUUCCACUCUUUCACAGAGGUCAGCUCUGGGGUUUCUGGCAGGCCUGACAAGCAUUCUGCUGCUCGUCCCACUGACACAGGAAAUGUGUUCUUCUCUUUUGCUCUCCCUGAUUAAAUGCUCUUGUUUGGAA